UUAUUAAUCAACAGACAAAUGUCAUGAACAUAUAAAUAUUUCCAUUAAUUUUAGUUAAAUACUAAAUAAUGCGUUGGAGCGAAGCGGCUACGCUUGAGUUUGUGAAAUUAUAUUUAAAACACGAGUGCCUUUGGAAUCCCAACAACUCAAGCUACAAGUUGAAACAACACAGGGAUAAAGCUUACGCGGAAAUAUGUUCGGAGUUCAAAUCUAUAAAACACCUUACGACACCCGAGGUGAAAAUGAAAAUUAAAAACUUAAGGACAACCUAUAUCCAGCAAGUGCACAAAAUACUGCAAAAAUCCAGUCCCGACUGUAUCUAUGAACCGUCUUUGGUUUGGUUUAAUGAGAUGGAUCAGUGUUUGAAACAUAUUCCUACUAAUCGGCAUUUAUCAUCUUACAGUAUUCAAGAAACACCAGAAGUAGAUUCCUCAAGUAAUGCAUUGUUAUGGGAUAACAAUGAUGAUCAAAACGAUACUGAACACUUUCAUCCGGAUCCCCUUGUGCCAAAUUCAGAUGAUGAUUUUGACUCUUUGAAAACUGAGUCUUCAACCCAAAUUAAAACAGACCUAUCUACUUCUCCAGUACCAUAUAAGAAAAUAAAAAAUAAGAAAUUAAAACACAAAAGCCAUACUAUUAAAAAUUCAGAAGACUUUGAAAGCAAACAAGAGGAUGAGUUUGAUAUAUACGGCAAAUAUAUAGCUUCACAAUUAAGAAAGAUGAACUUAGAGAAAGCAUUGAGGCUUCAGUUGCAGAUACAGAGUUUAGUUAGUGAAGCCAGGAUAUCAGAUAUUAGUAGUGAUUUUAAAAUGAGGUUUAGUGAGAAGGAAACUUAUCAAUUUGUUAAAACAUAUUUUAAACAAGAACAUUUAUGGAACACCAGACAUCUAGCGUACAAAUCGAACCAACGAAGAUUAAUUGCAUACAGAGCGCUAAUCGAAGAGUUUAGUCAAUCCACUGGUAUUGAACUUUCGCUGACACAGCUGAGAAUGAAAAUAAAGAAUUUAAAGUCGACAUAUUUACAGGAAUUGCAUAAAAUAACGCACAGGGCAGAUUACAAACCAGCAAUGAAAUGGUUUGCUGUCUGGCACAAACACAUUCAGAGCAUCAACAGUCGCGAAUCUUUGGAGGAGUCAAACACAACGGAUGACGAAAACCCAAAGUUGUGGCUCUCUGAAGCAAUAGACAAUGACUCAGUUGAUCCAUUUGAAUCAAGUCCUAGUAAUGACUAUUUAAUGGCCAUUAAACCAGAACCUAAAUCAAAACACGAUCAAUCAAACUCAUAUAACAGAUCUAGAAGUUUUGAAAAUAGUGCUAGCACCGAUAUAAGUGUAUCAGAUUUGAAUGUUACAGAGAGUAAUAUGAAUUCUGCAGGUAUAAUGAGAGAUGAUGAGUUUGAUAUUUACGGUAAAUAUGUUGCUUCACAGCUCAGGAGCAUGGAUUUACAGAGAGCAUUGACUUUACAACUAGAAAUACAAAACCUUGUUAGUGGGGCAAGACUUGCUGAAUUAUCAGAUCGACGUGAAUCAAACUCUGUUAUAAAUUAAAUAUAAACCUAUUUAUUACCUU